AUGCCGCACUCAGUGUCGCCUUCUGGCUCGCCCAGCCGCAAAGAUGAUGAAGAGCUCCCAGAUGCUCCCGUGGACAGUGCGGCCGCGAAUGGUGGGGUUAAAUUGGAGGAUAUGUUCAAUGAGGAUGACGACGAGGAGUUCCCAGCGUCCAACGCGCAAGAUGUGAAGAUGGAGUCUUCUCCUGUGCCAGCACCAGCAAAGUACGCUGAUAAUGGCAUUCCAAAAUACAUGGAGGCUCAUAGAACUGAUCAGAAGCUAUACGACAGUGCCCCUGCCCCUGGUCCUUCCGGCGUCGACACCGACGUAAUGCUCGCUUUCUAUCAGCGUCUUUUCCCAUUCCGAUACCUAUUCCAAUGGCUGAACCAUGGCAUUGUUCCUACGAGAGAUUUUGGUAAUCGCGAGUUUGCCCUGACUCUGCAAAAUGAUGCCUAUCUUCGAUACCAGUCUUACCCGACGGCAGAUUUGUUCCGAAAAGACAUUCUGAAAAUGAAUCCCUCUCGGUUCGAGAUCGGCCCCGUGUACAGUACCAAUCCCCGCGAUCGCAAAACACUACGAGGAGGCCAGAUGAAACCAGUCUCCAAAGAAUUGGUCUUCGAUAUAGACAUGACGGAUUACGAUGAUAUUCGAACGUGCUGUCAGAAGGCCAGUAUCUGUGCCAAGUGCUGGGCAUUUGUGACAAUGGCUAUCAAGGUCAUCGACUCCGCCUUGCGAGAAGACUUUGGCUUUGAGCAUAUCCUUUGGGUAUAUUCCGGUCGCCGUGGUGCUCACGCCUGGGUUUGUGAUGCACGUGCACGCAAUUUGCCAGAUGAUCGACGAAGGGCGAUCGCUGGAUAUCUGGAGAUUCUCCGUGGAGGCUCGCAAAGCGGCAAGCGGGUGAAUCUCAAGCGGCCUCUCCAUCCUCACGUGACCCGCAGUCUCGAUAUUCUCAAGAACUACUUCGCUCAAACUACUUUGGUGGACCAAGACACAUUCGCUAGCUUCGAGCAAGCAGAGAAACUCUUGGGGUUGCUCCCGGAUAAGUCAUUGAACGAGUCCCUCAAGAGGAAGUGGGACUCGUCUCCAGAUCGUCCCAGCACUAGCAAAUGGGCCGACAUCGAUGCUCUUGCGAAGACCGGGAAAAGCAGUACAUUGAACACCUCCACUCUACGAGAUGCGAAGCAAGACAUCGUUCUUGAAUAUACUUACCCGCGCCUUGAUGCGGAAGUCAGCAAGAAGAUGAUUCACUUGUUGAAGAGCCCCUUCGUGAUUCACCCUGGCACAGGCCGAAUCUGUGUGCCUAUCGAUCCCCGCAAGGCGGACGAGUUCGACCCCUUUCUGUCCCUACGUGCGAUGAACGGCUCCGACAUCAAAGGUGCUCGCAAGCUUCAAGACUAUGAGAAAACUAGCCUCAAGCCAUACAUUGACUUCUUCCGUUCCUUCAUCGCGAAUCUUCUCAAGGAAGAACGUGCAGACAAGCGAGAGCGCGAAGAAACCGCACCUCCAAUCAAGGCUGACCCUAUGGAAUUUUAA